UCCGCCCCUGCCGCCGGGCCCGGGGGGGCGGCACUUUGUUCAGGAUGCCGCCUCCCUCCUCAUUGUGGGGCUGGGACCGGCGGCUGCCCUAGUGCGGGGCCUGAGCCGGAGUGCGCGGCUGACGCUAAUCCUGGUGCGAGGGGCCAAGGCGGCCUGGGGAGCCCCGGGAAACUUUGUGCUCGCGAGAAGCGGACCCCGCACCCGCGCUGCCCCGGGAGAUGCGCGAUUCUGCGCGGCGGCGGCGCGAUCCCGGAGCCCGGGCGGGCAGACGCUCCGGACAGUAGCCCACCCUUCCAGCCUUGCAGACCAUGAAUGGGAUGGCCAAUGUGAAUCCCGCCAGCCGCCCUCACUACGCCUCCUCCAUCCCGGUGCCUCGUGCCUCUUCCCAGACCAGGAUUCCUACACCGGGCGCUUCUCCCCAGCUGCGGCCGCGCCAGGCCGGCCUGGCCCUGAGCCCACAGAGAGCGGCCUCCCCCAGACUGGGAAAGGCUGCAGGUCCUUCUAGAAACUCCUCUCCUAGGGCCUCCCGGGGGAGAGGCUCUCCCAAGUUUGCUGGAUCUGUGAGGGAGUCAGCUGAGGAUGGGGAAGGCUCCUCCAGCUCCCCAUGGAAUAGUCCCAGGACAACCCCGAAAGCAGUCCUCUCCAGCCGGGCUGGAUCCGGAAGAAUUGGGGAGAGACAAAGCACCCAGGGAAAGAAGAAGAAAGCCCAGGAAGAGACUCCAGUCUGCCAGACCCGGGGCAGAAGCCCUUCUCGGACGAGCUUUCACGCAGAAACUCAAAUACCAGGGGCUCCGGAAGUUCGGAAGCCUCCAAGCCGCCCAGGAAAAGACCAAAGAGAUAUAAACUACAAAAGUUCUGGGACCCCCAGGUCUUUGGAGCCUGAUGAGCGGGCAGCUUCAUGGGCUUCCUCGCCAGUCUGCAGCCCAGCGCAGGGCAAGCGCCCCUCUCCCUCUCCGGGGGCCAUUAGCUUCUCCUCGGUCCAUCAGCAGAGUCAGCCAGUCACAGCCACGGUGGCUCCCUUCCAGUACAGGUUGCAAACUGACCAGAAACCUGGCCCCCUCUCCCAGGGCAGCUGGGCCCUUGAUGGCUACACUGAGCCCCUUCAUGAGACUGAGGAGAGCUUCUCCUGCAUUGACGCGCGGAUCGUCCAUGCGCUCCUCGCGGGCAGAAUGCUGGGCAGCAGCGUCAAGAGCGUGCAGCCCGAGGUGGAGCUGAGCAGCGGCGGCGGCGACGAGGGCGCGGACGAGCCGCGGGGCGCCGGCAAGAAGGCGGCGGCGGCGGACGGCAGAGGCAUGCUGCCCAAGCGCGCCAAGGCGCCCGGCGGCGGCAGCGGCAUGGCCAAGGCCAGCGCGGCUGAGCUGAAGGUCUUCAAGUCCGGCAGUGUGGACAGCCGUGUCCCCGGUGGGCCGCCAGCCUCCAACCUGCGCAAGCAGAAGUCGCUCACCAACCUCUCUUUUCUCACGGACUCCGAGAAAAAGCUGCAGCUUUAUGAGCCCGAGUGGAGCGACGAUAUGGCCAAGGCGCCCAAAGGCUUAGGCAAGGUGGGGUCCAAGGGCCGUGAAGCUCCACUGAUGUCCAAGACGCUGUCCAAGUCGGAGCACUCGCUCUUCCAGGCCAAGGGCAGCCCGGCGGGCGGCGCCAAGACCCCCCUGGCUCCACUUGCGCCCAGCCUGGGAAAGCCGAGCCGGAUCCCUCGAGGACCCUAUGCGGAGGUCAAGCCGCUCAGCAAGGCGCCUGAGGCUGCCGUGAGCGAAGAUGGUAAAUCCGACGACGAGCUGCUCUCCAGCAAGGCCAAGGCGCAAAAGAGCUCUGGGCCCGUCCCCUCCGCCAAGGGCCAGGAGGAGCGCGCCUUCCUCAAGGUGGACCCCGAGCUGGUGGUGACAGUGCUGGGAGACCUGGAGCAGCUGCUCUUCAGCCAGAUGCUGGACCCAGAGUCCCAGAGAAAGAGGACAGUGCAGAAUGUCCUGGAUCUCCGACAGAACCUGGAAGAGACCAUGUCCAGCCUGCGGGGGUCCCAGGUGACUCACAGCUCCCUGGAGACGACCUGCUAUGACAGCGAUGACGCCAACCCACGCAGCGUGUCCAGCCUCUCCAACCGCUCGUCCCCUCUCUCAUGGCGCUAUGGCCAGUCCAGUCCACGGCUGCAGGCUGGUGACGCGCCCUCUGUGGGUGGGAGCUGCCGCUCGGAGGGGACGCCCGCCUGGUACAUGCACGGGGAGCGGGCCCACUACUCCCACACCAUGCCCAUGCGCAGCCCCAGCAAGCUCAGCCACAUCUCCCGCCUGGAGCUGGUCGAGUCCUUGGACUCAGAUGAGGUGGACCUCAAGUCCGGCUACAUGAGCGACAGUGACCUCAUGGGCAAGACCAUGACGGAAGACGACGACAUCACUACUGGCUGGGAUGAAAGCAGCUCCAUCAGCAGUGGACUCAGCGAUGCCUCAGACAAUCUCAGUUCAGAAGAAUUCAAUGCUAGCUCCUCACUCAACUCCCUCCCAACUACUCCCACUGCUUCUCGCAGGAACUCAACAAUAGUGCUACGCACAGACUCAGAGAAGCGCUCAUUGGCAGAAAGUGGGCUGAGCUGGUUUAGUGAAUCAGAGGAGAAGGCCCCUAAAAAACUGGAGUACGACAGUGGUAGCCUGAAGAUGGAACCUGGGACUUCAAAGUGGCGGAGGGAGCGGCCUGAGAGCUGUGAUGAUUCAUCCAAGGGUGGAGAACUGAAAAAGCCCAUCAGCCUGGGACACCCUGGUUCCCUGAAGAAGGGCAAGACCCCACCUGUGGCUGUAACUUCCCCCAUCACUCACACUGCCCAGAGUGCCCUCAAAGUCGCAGGCAAACCUGAGGGCAAAGCUACAGACAAGGGUAAGCUUGCAGUGAAGAAUACUGGGCUCCAACGCUCCUCCUCUGAUGCUGGUCGGGACCGCCUGAGUGAUGCUAAGAAGCCCCCCUCAGGCAUUGCUCGCCCCGCCACUUCGGGAUCCUUUGGCUACAAGAAGCCUCCUCCUGCCACAGGCACAGCCACCGUCAUGCAAACCGGUGGUUCAGCCACUCUCAGCAAGAUUCAGAAGUCCUCAGGCAUCCCUGUCAAGCCAGUAAAUGGGCGCAAGACUAGCUUAGAUGUGUCCAACAGCGCAGAGCCAGGAUUCCUGGCUCCUGGAGCCCGUUCUAACAUCCAGUACCGCAGUCUGCCCCGGCCAGCCAAAUCCAGUUCUAUGAGCGUGACCGGCGGGCGGGGUGGACCUCGCCCUGUGAGCAGCAGCAUUGACCCCAGCCUCCUCACCACCAAGCAGGGAGGCCUUACACCUUCCAGACUGAAGGAGCCUACCAAGGUAGCCAGUGGGCGGACCACUCCAGCCCCUGUCAAUCAGACAGAUCGGGAAAAGGAGAAGGCCAAAGCCAAGGCAGUGGCCUUGGACUCAGACAACAUCUCCUUGAAGAGUAUUGGCUCCCCAGAAAGUACUCCCAAGAACCAAGCAAGCCACCCCACAGCCACCAAGCUGGCAGAGCUGCCACCAACCCCUCUCAGGGCCACAGCGAAGAGCUUUGUCAAACCACCCUCACUAGCCAAUCUUGACAAGGUCAACUCCAAUAGUCUGGAUCUACCAUCAUCCAGUGAUACCACCCAUGCUUCAAAGGUCCCAGAUCUGCAUGCUACAAGCUCAGCAUCCGGGGGCCCUCUCCCUUCCUGCUUCACCCCCAGUCCGGCACCCAUCCUCAAUAUUAACUCAGCCAGCUUCUCCCAGGGCCUGGAGCUAAUGAGUGGUUUCAGUGUGCCAAAAGAGACUCGCAUGUACCCCAAACUCUCAGGCCUGCACAGGAGCAUGGAGUCCCUCCAGAUGCCAAUGAGCCUGCCCAGUGCCUUCCCCAGCAGUACUCCCGUCCCCACCCCACCUGCUCCCCCUGCUGCUCCCCCAGAGGAAGAGACGGAAGAGCUGACUUGGAGUGGAAGCCCCAGAGCUGGGCAACUGGACAGUAAUCAACGGGAUCGGAACACUCUUCCCAAGAAAGGGCUCAGGUACCAGCUUCAGUCCCAGGAGGAGACCAAGGAGAGGCGACAUUCCCAUACCAUUGGUGGGCUGCCUGAAUCCGAUGACCAGUCAGAGCUGCCUUCUCCCCCUGCACUUCCCAUGUCUUUGAGUGCAAAGGGCCAACUUACCAACAUAGUGAGUCCCACUGCGGCCACCACGCCAAGAAUCACCCGCUCCAACAGCAUCCCCACCCACGAGGCGGCCUUCGAGCUGUACAGCGGCUCCCAAAUGGGGAGCACCCUGUCCCUGGCCGAGAGACCCAAGGGAAUGAUUCGGUCAGGAUCCUUCCGAGACCCCACGGAUGAUGUUCACGGCUCAGUGCUGUCCCUGGCCUCCAGUGCCUCCUCCACCUACUCCUCAGCUGAGGAGAGGAUGCAAUCUGAGCAAAUCCGGAAGCUUCGUAGGGAACUGGAAUCAUCCCAGGAAAAAGUGGCCACCUUGACGUCUCAGCUUUCUGCCAAUGCUAAUCUAGUGGCUGCUUUCGAGCAGAGCCUGGUGAAUAUGACAUCCCGCCUGCGACACCUGGCAGAGACGGCCGAGGAGAAGGACACUGAGCUGCUGGAUUUGCGAGAAACCAUAGACUUUCUGAAGAAAAAGAACUCUGAGGCCCAGGCAGUCAUUCAGGGAGCCCUUAAUGCUUCAGAAACCACACCCAAAGAACUUCGGAUCAAGAGACAAAACUCCUCAGAUAGCAUCUCAAGCCUCAACAGCAUCACUAGCCAUUCCAGCAUCGGCAGCAGCAAGGAUGCUGAUGCGAAAAAGAAGAAAAAAAAGAGUUGGGUCUAUGAGCUUCGAAGUUCCUUCAACAAAGCGUUCAGUAUAAAAAAGGGGCCCAAGUCAGCUUCCUCAUACUCGGAUAUAGAGGAGAUUGCUACACCCGACUCUUCGGCUCCCUCAUCCCCCAAACUACAGCAUGGUUCUACGGAGACUGCUUCACCCUCCAUCAAGUCGUCCACCUCAUCCUCCAUGGGCACUGAUGUCACCGAGGGCCCUGCUCACCCAGCCCCCCACACUAGGCUGUUCCAUGCAAAUGAGGAGGAGGAGCCGGAGAAGAAGGAGGUAUCGGAGCUGCGUUCUGAGCUAUGGGAGAAGGAAAUGAAGCUUACAGACAUCCGCUUGGAGGCCCUCAACUCUGCCCACCAACUGGAUCAGCUUCGGGAGACCAUGCACAACAUGCAGUUGGAGGUGGACCUGCUGAAAGCAGAGAAUGACCGGCUGAAGGUAGCCCCAGGCCCCUCAUCAGGCUCCACUCCAGGGCAGGUCCCUGGAUCAUCUGCGUUAUCUUCCCCGCGCCGCUCCCUGGGCCUGGCACUCACCCAUUCCUUCAGCCCCAGUCUUGCAGACACAGACCUGUCACCCAUGGAUGGCAUCAGUACUUGUGGUCCAAAAGAGGAAGUGACCCUCCGGGUGGUGGUGAGGAUGCCCCCGCAGCACAUCAUCAAAGGGGACUUGAAGCAGCAGGAAUUCUUCCUGGGAUGUAGCAAGGUCAGUGGAAAAGUUGACUGGAAGAUGCUGGAUGAAGCUGUUUUCCAAGUGUUCAAGGACUAUAUUUCUAAAAUGGACCCAGCCUCUACCCUGGGACUAAGCACUGAGUCCAUCCACGGCUACAGCAUCAGCCACGUGAAACGAGUGUUGGAUGCAGAGCCCCCCGAGAUGCCUCCUUGCCGUCGAGGUGUCAAUAACAUAUCAGUCUCCCUCAAAGGUCUGAAGGAGAAAUGCGUCGACAGUCUGGUGUUUGAGACGCUGAUCCCCAAGCCGAUGAUGCAGCACUACAUAAGCCUCCUGCUGAAGCACCGGCGCCUCGUCCUCUCGGGCCCCAGCGGCACGGGCAAGACCUACCUGACCAAUCGCUUGGCCGAGUACCUGGUGGAGCGCUCUGGCCGUGAGGUCACGGAGGGCAUCGUCAGCACCUUCAACAUGCACCAGCAGUCUUGCAAGGAUCUGCAACUGUAUCUUUCCAACCUGGCCAACCAGAUAGACCGGGAAACAGGAAUUGGGGAUGUGCCCCUGGUGAUCCUAUUGGAUGACCUGAGUGAAGCAGGCUCCAUCAGUGAGUUGGUCAAUGGGGCCCUCACCUGCAAGUAUCAUAAAUGUCCCUAUAUUAUAGGUACCACCAAUCAGCCUGUAAAAAUGACACCCAACCAUGGCUUGCACUUGAGCUUCAGGAUGUUGACCUUCUCCAACAACGUGGAGCCAGCCAAUGGCUUCCUGGUUCGUUACCUGAGGAGGAAGCUGGUAGAGUCAGACAGCGACAUCAAUGCCAACAAGGAAGAGCUGCUUCGGGUGCUCGACUGGGUACCCAAGCUGUGGUAUCAUCUCCACACCUUCCUUGAGAAGCACAGCACCUCAGACUUCCUCAUCGGCCCUUGCUUCUUUCUGUCCUGUCCCAUUGGCAUUGAGGACUUCCGGACCUGGUUCAUUGACCUGUGGAACAACUCUAUCAUUCCCUAUUUACAGGAAGGAGCUAAGGAUGGGAUCAAGGUCCACGGACAGAAAGCUGCUUGGGAGGACCCAGUAGAAUGGGUCCGGGACACACUUCCCUGGCCAUCAGCCCAACAGGACCAAUCAAAGCUGUACCACCUGCCCCCACCCACCGUGGGCCCUCACAGCAUUGCCUCACCUCCUGAAGAUAGGACAGUCAAAGAUAGUACGCCUAGUUCUCUGGACUCAGAUCCUCUGAUGGCCAUGCUGCUGAAACUUCAAGAAGCUGCCAACUACAUUGAGUCUCCAGAUCGAGAAACCAUCCUGGACCCCAACCUCCAGGCAACACUUUAAGGGUUCGGCAAUCACUGUCACCCCCGGACAGCAGAACGCUGGCAUCAGCUAUCUCAGCUCCUCCUCUCCCCUCUCCUCUUUCAGAGCACUGGCUCUCCAGCCCCAGGAUGAGAACAGGAGGGAGGAGGAGAUGAAAGAGGAGGGACAGGUUCUUGGUGCUGUACCUUUGAAAACUUCCUAGUAAGGAAUGGUGGGGUGGCGUUUGGGAGCUUGUGCCCCCUAAACACAUAUACUGGCCUCCUCUAAUGACUUUGGGGAAAAGAUGAUUCUGGGUCUUUCCCUUGACUUCUUGUUUCAAUUACAAACUCCUGGGCUUUCUGGGGAGGGGUUCAGAAAACAUCAAAACACUGCAGCAGUUCCUAAAUGAUUCUCACAAGCAACCCUGAGAGAGACAGUCAUGUGAGGGGAUCUGGGGGAGGCAGGAAGCUCCCCAGAUUUUCUCACAGACCCUUCCCAAUUCCAUCACCACUGCCAACAACUCCUCCCCAGAGAUCUGGUUGGAGCCCAGAAAAAGAAGCAUGUGGUUUAAAAAAUGUUUAAAUCAAUCUGUAAAAGGUAAAAAUGAAAAGCAAAAACAAGCAAACAAUGGAAAAGAUGAAGCUGGAGAGAGAGGAACCAGUUGCCAAGGUAGAAAGACAGCUGCCCGCUCCUGCCCUCUGGAUGACAUAGGGGACAUCAACAAGACGGCUGCCAACCUGAGAAGUCACCAGACCACAAAAAUAACCUUACAGCCUUCAGAGAAAGACUACCAGCUCUGUCUUUCUACCCUCUAAUUUAACAUGCAUGAGAGUCAAUAAACCCUACUUUUUUAUUUUUGUUUUUUAUUUUGUUUUCAUUUUUUUCUCCUGUUUGCCUAUUUAUUUUUUCCUUUCCCCCCUUUUUUUUUUCUUUAUCCAUUUUUCCAUUUCCUCACAUGUCCACGAGAUGCUUGGGUUGCUUUUCCAGGGGCUAGUUUGGCUUUUCCAAGUGGAUUUUCUUUGGAGAAUCUGACGCCAUAUAAUUGGCAUGACACCUGCCAUGCCAAUAUCUUUGGCAUCCAUGGGGCUUAUAUGAGACAUGAAGCACUGGCUUGGAAGUAGAGGGAGAAGAGGAACCCAGUUCCCUUGACUUCCCUUUUGAGAAAGCACAUGUUCUGCUAGGUAGCUCAAUUGCCAGCCUCUGUCAUGAGAGGAUAUGGCCUCAUCUUGAUAGAAGAGCUACUCUGAGCUUUAUCAUGGACCAGAGGAAAACCAGGAAAUUGAAAACAUUCCUCUGUCUUGUGGCCAGUUUGGCCUUUCACUGCACUAUUCUGAUGGUGCCUGACUGAAUCAAAAUAUCCUAGCUGGCUCUUACUAUUUUUCACAAGUGAGUAUUCACAUUUAAGAGACUGAAUAUCCAUGUGAGAUCAUCCCAAUCAGAAUAUAAGACUCAAGGAGUUUGACUUGGUGGCCAAUACCUGCCUUCCAAAGAGAUCCUACCUUUGCAGAUUUGCUCCUUUGCCAUUGCCUCGAAGGUCUGGCAAUCCCUGUUCUUUAAUUUGACAAGUACUUACUGAGUACUCACUAUGUACAAAUCAUUAGGUUAACACACACACACACACACACACAAGACUUGGGCCCUUAAGUUUACAGUUCAAUAGGAAGUGUUAACCUCCAUUAAGCUACACCCCCUUGUUAUCUAGACCUUCGGGAUCAUCUAAGAAAUAUAGCUGAAACCCAAGGAGCCAGCUAGAAAGAAGCUUUUGAUUAGAUGUACAAUUCAUUGGGGACAGAAGAUCUGGGAUCAAUUAAGAUGGCACCUGAAGGACUAUGGAAUCUUGCUUGUCAGGAGUGGGCAAGUCUACUUCCUGCCAUUUCUGAAAGCCCCGUGGGACCAGCUUCCCGGCUGAGCUGCCUGGUAGGCUGAAGCUUCAGGACUCUGCAGAUCAGGGAUAUGUGAUGAGCACUGGCCUAAGUGUUUGCUCUUCAGAUUCCUAAGUAGCACAAGACUUUAUUAGAAUCUAUAGGCAUACCAGCCUAGAUCACUCUGUUCCACCCAACGGAGGAGUAGAUGCAUCUGAAUCUUCAUAUCGGUAUAUUUUCAUUUAGGUCCAAAAGAUGGUCCAGGCUGCCCCUCACAAAAGCUUCUGCAUUCACGUGGUAAGCUCCCCGGGAAGACAGGGUUCUGUAUGAUGGAGACUAUUAUUGCUAUUGCUGCUAAUCCCAUGAGCUGUGAAGAUCCCUAACCAACUCAGCUGUAACAUAUGCAAUUCUGUGGUGGGAAGAGGCUGUGUGUCCAAGGAUGGUGCUGAAAUCACUGCCUUAAGGUCUCUGCUGUGCAGAAGGAGGAGGCCCCGGAGCUGGCUGUUCUAACUUAGAAGGAAGAGAAGACUGGAUGGGCCUGCUUGGGAUCUAGGUCUCUUCUAAACCCUAUCCUAAGCUCCAGUUCCAUGGCAAGGCUCAGACUUCGCUUCACUCUAUUUUCUGGUGCUGCCCAGCCAGUGCCUUCUGCCAUGGAUGUUACUAGCUACUUGAGAAAAAGGAGAGGGGAGAACCCCUUCUUUCAUUCCAACUGCCUCCAACCCCAAAGGGAUUCUUGGCUCUCUGGUAACCAGGGAUACCACCGUGAAUUUUAUUUGGAUCCUUAGCAGGUUGAUUCUGGAGGCCUCAUGCUAUGACUUUUUAUUUCUCUUCCUGGGAUCCACCACCCUCUACUCUCAGCUGACUGCUGCAUUUAGCCCAGGUCUCCAAUUGCUUUCCUCCAGAAAGUGUGUUCCCAUCUAGUGAGGUGGUAUUGAAGCCUUGGCUUUCCCUCUGGAGCCUGGGACCCUGUUUACAGUUGCACAUCUGGGCCCCUCACCGUGGGGAUCGAUCAUUCUCAUGAAGGAAUCACGGUUAUGUGGCAACUGCAGAAGGCUGAGCCUCCUCAUGGUGCUAUAACCCCUUGGGACACUCAUCCAGACUUCUCUGAAGCAGAAAACCUGAGCUCCCCACUCACUGCCCUAGAAUUUACGGCAAGGAGCAAAUCCACAGCAUUCUCUCCCACCUAUGUCCUGCUUCUUGGUUGAGCCUACUGGGAUCCCUCAGAAAAGAAACACUGGGUCCCAUAGCUAAAUUCUCAACCCCCAGGCACCUUCAGAAGAAUCCAGCCUAAUACUGGAAUUUGUGCUAUUAUCUUCCUCUCCAGCCCCCCAACUCCAUCCCUCACCACAGGUGGCUAGGAAAUGACAUGAGUUCAAUAUCUAAUGUCAACCAUUGGGGAGAGCCACAACUCCAGGAGAGGUUCCUGAGCUGAGUCCCUUAAUUUCUGGAUGAAGAAGAUCAACAAGUUUUGUCCAAUGUACUUGUUUCUCAGACCUUGCCUAGGCACUAAAAAUAAAAUACUAGGUCAUUGGAGGCUAAUUUGGGGCCUGAUGUCUGUGUGUGUGUGUGUGUGUGUGUGUGUGUGUCUCCCUCUCUCACACACACAACAGCAGUAUACUGUUGCUGUUUCCUACCUUCUGAGGCUUCAAAGUAUUUUUUAAAAUCUAUGCUUUGUGGCAGCUCUACGGUGCUUAUCUCUGUCUUUGUGUCAAUCCUUAAGUACCCAUGUCUUUUUCAUGUCUAACCAUUGGGAAGGGAGAGGCUGGCAGGGAAGACGAAUCUGCUACAAGUCCAUGGGAAGACCCUACAAUGAAAUCCUUAUUGGUUGGUAUACUGUUUUGGUCUUGAAUUGCCAACCUUCCAGCUGAUCUAUCCAUACUCCUUAAGUACUAAAGACAAAAAUAGAGGGUUUUUUUUUUUCCUUCUUAAUGUCUUGCCUUCUGGUUUUCCUGGUUUGCAAGACUAAGUGUACCUAAUCUCACCAUCUCUUCACUUCUAGCUCCCUAAAACAAGGGUCACACUACUCCGAGGGAUAACCCCUUACAGUGGUCUGAGGAGUAACUAUUUCCUAAAAGAGUAGGAAGAGAGAAAUGGUACCCUGCUGCUUCUCACAGACACCUCACAUCCUCACUUGGGAUGGCAUCCACAUAGAAAUCCCACAUUUAGGUAAAAUUUGCCUGACUGAAGGGGACUCAGUCCUCCAAAUCAGGAUCAAGGAGGUAUCUACGUGAGAUCUUAAGAACUCUUUAUUGCCAUUAGUUGGAGAGGGUGGGGGAAUUGUCCUUAUCGCACAUUUAACACAGGGAAUAAGUGCUGAAGUUACCCAGUAGUUGGAGAGGGUGGGGGAAUUGUCCUAAUCGCACAUCUAACACAGGGAAUAAGUGCUGAAGUUACCCAGAUCACCAAGUGCGGCUCCUCAUCAUACUUUAUUUUUGCUUUCCUUAUUCCUUGGCACUGACUAAGCUAAAGUUAAGAAGCAGACUUCAUAAGCCAACCCCUGUGAUGGGAUAGGAAAAUGGGCUUUUGCAGAGGGUUUAUUAAUAGAGAUGGAUUUACUACUCACAAGUUCUGGUUCAUGGCUCCACAGAGAAGGCCAUAGUAAUAAAAUGAUCUUACAAACACUGUUCCCCAAAGGCCAAAGCCUGAAGAUAUUGUCUCUUAUAAUCCAAUCAGCCUUAUAUUUUAAAGAGUCCUGAAUCAACCUGAUUAUGGAUAUAUGGUGCCACCAACUUGACACUCCCCACUGCCUAGGGUACAUGGGUGCAUGUCUGCUCAGCCUAGCCUUGGAAGCGAGCACUGCCGGCCACAGAUCCUGGGAAAGGUGGUAGUAACCUGGAAGAUGUUGUAGCCUUGAAGGUAGGAUACCUAUGAAAAUGCCAAAGCUGCAGGGACACGAAGACAGUUGAAAAUUCAACCUAUGUGUACUAGAUCCUUCCAGUUUGAUGAUUUGGUCAUUCUUCAUGAUUAUACCAUGGAGAAUUUUCUGUGACAAGGGUGGUCAUGGAAUUAAGUGAGUGAUCCCCUGGUUUCUCAUUCCUUAAAGCAGUGGUUCUCAAAGUAUGGCACAAGACCAGCAGCAUUUGGAAACUUGUUAGAAACAAAAUUCUCAAUCCCAUCCCAGAUCUGCUGAAUCAGAAACUCUAGUGAGAGGACCCAGCAAUCCAUAUUUUAAUAAACCCUCCUGGUGAUUCUGAUGCACACUAAAUUCAACUAUUUUAAAGGGAAAGCCCUUUAGAGUAUUGGAGUUCCCACACCGAGAGGCUUUGGGGCCCAAAAUAACAAGGUUCUAGGUUGUAAUUCAGACUUUAACAUUAAUUUCAAAGUCACCUUUCUCAUGCUUCCUUGUGUUUCUGUUUUUCCAUUUAUUUUAACAAAGAAAGGUAUGUGUGCUUUUGGGUGGAAGUUAGGAGAAUGUUUGCAUCUUUCCUAGUUGAACACACCUUCAGAGAAAAACCUUAUGCCUUGGAAAUUACUAGCUGGCACACUAAGGGGCUUCAACAAGGAAAGCAUUUGGAGGUCUCUUCCAGAUUGCUCUUCUGCCGAAUUAUUUAUAUCUAUUCUGAGCUGAUUAUGUAAUAGGAUGGAAAAAGUUUUAAAAAAAAUCGAAUGUGUAUUUCCAUGACAACGUGUUCUCCCAGCAACAUCCCUCUCCUUUAUUUGAGUUAUAAAGGGCACUGCUGGGCCUGAGAACUGGGCCAGAACCUUCUUCUGUACGGCAGCUAACAGUGUAGGGCUUCAGUAUCCCAGGAAGGCCCCUUAUUCACACUCCACUCAGCUCAUAGGAGAGUCUUGCGUAAUGAAGACACAGCCCUGAGCACUUCAGUCCUUGUGCUCCUCCUCUCUUUUCCCCAUAGCAGGACCUGGAUACGGAAGUACUCAGCCAAGGUGAUAGAAUAAACUCAUAUUUUUUUUGUUUGUUUGUUUUUGGUUUUUUUUGGAGAAGGAGUCUUGCUUUGUCACCCAGGCUGAAGUCCAGUGGCACUGUCUCGGCUCAUUGCAACCUCUGCCUCCCAGGUUCAAGCGAUUCUCCUGCCUCAGUCUCCUGAGUAGCUGGGAUUACAGACGUGCGCCACCAUGCCCAGCUAAUUUUUGUAUUUUUAGUAGAGACGGAGUUUUGCCUUGUUGGCCAGGCUGGUCUCGAUCUCCUGACCUCAGGUGCUCCACCUGCCUUAGCCUCCCCAAGUGCUGGGAUUACAGGCAUGAGCCACAGCGCCCUGCCAAAUAAGAUCCCUUUUUAGAAAAAUCUGAAAAAGCUUCAUAUCUUUACAAACUCACAAAGUAGCUGAUUGGGCCAUGGGGGAGAUGAGGCUUUUUAGAAGUGGUUUUGUUUCAAGUUUGUCAAUUUUCCGUGUGUGAGAACUUGGGCAGAGCACAAAGAAACAUACAGUGCUAGUAAUAGGUCUCCUGAGCUCUGGAACUAAGUGUUUGGAGGAGGACUAAAGCACGAGGGAGGUGAGUACAAAAUCAUUCCACUAAAAUCACCUCCUCAGUCCCCCGAAGGCUGAUGGUGGAUCCUCUGGCCAUCUCCUGUGGGUUCUUCCUGCUUCUCUGCCAUUUCUCUAUCCCUGAAGACACGAAGAUGAUAUCAAGGCAGAGCUCCCAUAUCGCAGCCAGUCUCUGGGCCACUGCUGUGCAGUGGCUCCCACUUUCUAAUGCUUUUUUGUUUUUGCUUUUUCUAACAAAACAAUCUUUUUUUAAAAUGAAUUCCAACCCCUGCUAGCUUCCUUCCCCGCCUCCAUACUGUUCUAGGCAGCACCGUUUAUGUGACAGAGUCUGUGUUUCUCAAAUGCAUGGUGUUCCUCAGGUGGAGAGUGGGCAGAAGUUUUUGCAACACUUUUUUUUUAAGUUAUUGGGUGCAAAAUCCCAGACCAGGAUAUGUGUAUGUCUGUGUGUUUAUGUUUUUUCUUAUUUGACCCUCCCCUCGUUCAACCUACCCCCUUUUAUAUCUAAUGUAGAAAAAGCGAAACUGAAUCUGGAAAGCAAAUUGUUGUAUAUAGUUGCGGUAACAAUCAUGAAGAGAGAGCUGGGCUGUCCCCUUAGUAAUUCAUUUUAGAUAACACAUUAUUUAAAAAUAAAAUUCAUGCCAGAGCCAGCUGAAGAGGCCUUCCUUCAUCACCACUGAGGCCACCCCCAUCUGGGCCCUCUGUCCUUCUGGCAUGUCUCCUCCCAGCAAGAUUCAUCUGUUCAAUGCCAUUUGCGUUUCAAUAAAGUUAUCUCCUGUAUUGUC